CAGACUCCAGCCUGCAGGAAUACAACAAACUCCAGCUGAGCCGCUGCUCGCUGAACUUGAAGCUUCUUUUGUUUUAUCAGUUGACGCGCUCUCCACCUCUGUCAGGCUUUUUUCCUUUUUUUUAAAACCUGAGCUGCCGGCACUGUGAAGAAGAAGAAGAAGAUGCACCUCGAUAUGACUGUACUUCAGAUUCUUGCUGUGCUCUUACUGCCAGGAGCAUGGUGUCAGAGCAGCAACAACGUGGUGGUGGAGGCCAAGAACAUCACCAUCCCUGCAGGAUCUGAGGCUGUUCUCCCCUGCCACAGCCCCCGUAUGGUGUGGACCCGAGACAGACUGAAGGACCGUCAGAGGGUGGUGCACUGGGACGUGGUCCGCAGCAGCCCGGAGUAUUCUGUGGAGCGAGUCCUGGACAUGUCCCCCGGAGCACGGCAGAGGGUCUACAAUGGCAUCAACAAGGGACGCGUUUUCCUCCCAGACUCUGCGUUCACUGACGGCAACUUCUCCCUUGUCAUCAACAAUGUGGUCGCAACUGACAAAGGAGUUUAUACUUGUAAUCUGCACCAUCACUACUGCCAGAUUCACCAGUCCAUUCAAAUCCAGCUCAAUGUCACUAAAUCAGCUCGGAGAGAGAAGCGUUACUGGGACGGAGAGAAGACUGUGUUUGUGGUGUUGUUGGGCAGCUCAGUUGUAUUGCCCUGUGUGAACCGGAGAUCCUUGUGGAGGGAGGGCCUCCAGGAGGACCAGCAGCAGGUUGCUCACUGGGACUUCCAGGCCCCUGGGGUGCGUGCCAAUAAGGCAGAACGCCUGGUGGACCUCUAUGCCUCCGGAGAGCGCCGGGAUUACGGACUACUCUUUGCCCAGCGCAAGAUGAGUGUGGAGGAGGAUGCUUUCACUUUAGGGGACUUCUCACUCACCAUUUCUGACUUGAGGCCUGAUGAUAAAGGCCUGUACUCCUGCCACCUGCACCACCACUACUGCGGCCUUCAGGAGAGACGCAUCUUCAGGCUCACUGUGGUGCCUGCACUUCCGUCCGCCCCGACUACAUCACCAAGAAUUUUCCAGAAUGACGUGCCCGAGCCAAGGCUUGAAGAGGUGGAGAGCCCACAUGUGGUGAACGUCAUCCUCCCUGAACACCGGGGUUAUUUCGUGCAGCAUCUGGGCUACUUCCUAGCAACUUUCAUACUGCUGGCGGUCAUCGUCGUCGCCGUCGUUGUGCUGACUCGACGCCGCAAAAAGAGAGAGAUGGACUUUGAGCUGCGUAGAUAUGACCGGGGAAGUAUGAUGAGUGGAGGUGAAAUGACAUUAGACAGCACAGAACUAAGGGCCUGCCACCAAGAGCUGAGGGCCUGUAGCCAAGAGCCUCUGAAUUCAGACUACAAAAACAACCUACUGAAAGAGAGAGGUAUGGCCAAAGACUGCAAUAUGGACUUUGAAGGGAAGAUGUGGAAGUGAGUGCGAUAUUUCUGAGAUGCUGCUGGCAGGUCCAGGGCAAAACACCGGAAGAGUUAAAGGACCGUGGAGAGAAGGGGAGGAUAAAAACAAAAACAAAACCAGAGAGAACCCAGGAGAGAGGACAGGAGGAAUGCUCCCUCUGCUGUAACUCUAGCACACUAAGCUUUUUCACUAAAAAGCCACCAUAAGCCUUUUUUAAAUUUUUUUAUAUAACUUGCAUUUUCACCAGCUGUUGUAACAGUACGGUUUAUACAUAUAUUUGAUCCCUACUCUUUGUAUUGAUUGUUUGUUUCAUUUUUAUCUUUCUUUACAAAAAGAUGCAUGCUGUUCAUUAAAGUAUUUGUACUUUGCAUGCUUACAGAGCUGCAAGCUCUCACGGCUCUUUUUCUAUUCUUUGAAUUUGAUCACUUUUUUUAUAUAUAUAUAUUUUUUUUUUUUUCACAAAUUCUGCUGUAAUUUGUAAAGGUGUUUCAUCAUGUUUCAGUGGUAAAUUUACUGUAUGUAGACAGUUUCGGACAGCGUUUGGAAACAGGAGCCACACAUUUGGAGCUAUUUUAAACAGAUCAUUUUUUUCUCACAAAACUCAACUGUGGUGACAAAAUGACUUCACUUUUCACUGACAGUACUUUAUGUCUUUUAUAAAUACUGUCAGACUCAAAAUCUUCUCCAAAUAACGGAUAGGGUUACACAGUAAGCCUCUUUUAAACCGGAUCUUUUUUAUCAAUAACUUAUCAAGUGAAAAAUAAUUAUCAGAUCAUGGACUAAAGGCUCAGUCUACUGAAACUCAGGAAAAAGCCAUUUAUUUGUUUUUGUUUUUUAAAUGGGCUGUGCAGUACUUGUUUGCAUCAAGUGUGUACAACUUACCCUGCUUUAUAAAACACUGAAUCUUAAUUACUAAAAAUCUGCUGGUCAAUGAUAUGUCAUACAACUGUGUGGUGAGGUUUACUGCAGUAAAAACAAAAGCAAAAAAAAAAAAAAAAAGCAUGUCUACUAUCUCAGUAAUGCUAAAUCACGACUGUAAUCCUAACCCCCACUUUUUUUAUUAUUAUUAUUAUUUUUAUUUUUUAUUUCUCUUUGUCUCUUGCUCACUUGCACACACUCUCAUGUUGGUCUCUUCUAACAAAAGAUUUUCUUCUAUUAAAAAAU